AUGGCGGAACACGAAUCCGACGUUGCACAGCUACACGCUACCGUUGAGCAGGAGCGACGAGCUUCGGCUGUCGAGAAGCAGGUCCAGGACCGAGUCUCAACUGAAGGCUCUGAGAAGGACCAAAGCGAAACCCCCAUUGGUGGCAAGCCGAAUGAAUACGAGAAAUCGGCUCUACGUCAUGUCGGCGAGAGUCUUCCUUACUCCGUCUUUUUGGUGGCUGUGAUCGAGCUCUGCGAGCGCUUCACUUACUAUGGCUGUCAGGGUAUCUUCCAGAACUAUGUUCAGAAGCCGCUCGAUGGUAGCCUUGGGAAUGGUGGUCUCGGUCUUGGCCACCAGGGUGCCACCGGUCUCACCACUUUCUACACAUUCUGGUGUUAUACCACGCCGCUUUUGGGAGGUCUGAUUGCCGAUCAGUACCUGGGAAAGUACAAGACGAUCCUAACUUUCGCUGGAGUCUACAUGUGCGGCCUCCUCAUUCUCGUCUGCACUUCGAUUCCCAGCUCGCUCCAAGCUGGCGCGGGCCUUGGAGGCUAUGUUACUUCCAUCCUCCUCACUGGUCUUGGCACUGGCGGUAUCAAGGCCAACGUCGCACCAUUGAUCGCCGAGCAAUACACCCGCCGUACCAUGGAAAUCGCUGUAACCAAGAAGGGCGAGCGUGUCGUUAUUGAUCCAUAUGUCACUAUUCAGCGCAUCUAUCUCAUAUUCUAUUGGACGAUCAAUAUUGGCGCGCUCUCGCUGCUCGCCACUCCCUACAUGGAGCGCGACAUUGGUUUCUGGUCCGCCUACACCCUCUGCAUCUGUAUGUUUGCGGUUGGUGUCACAGUCCUUGUCCUCGGCCGCAAGAUGUACGUCGACCGUCCACCACAAGGCAGUAUCGUCACCGAUUCCUUCCGAGCCAUCGGUCUGAUGAUUCGGUACCGCAACUUGGAUGCUCCCAGGCAAGCCUUCCUUCGCGAGAAAGGCAGCAACAAGACCGUCAAAUGGGACGACCAGUUUGUUGACGAGCUCAAACGAGCGUUGAUUGCUUGCAAGGUCUUCUGCUUCUACCCCAUCUACUGGGUCGUUUACGGCCAAUUCUCGAACAACUUCGUCACACAAGCCCUCCAGAUGCGCGGCCACGGUAUCCCGAACGAUUUGAUGCAGAACUUCGACCCCAUCGCCAUCAUCGUUUUUGUCCCGGUUCUCGACCGCCUCGUCUACCCCCUACUCCGCAAGUUGCACAUCCCGUUCAAGCCUAUCUCCCGCAUUGUCACCGGCUUCACCAUCGCUUCGCUCGCCAUGAUGUAUGCCGCCAUUGUCCAACAUCUCAUCUACAGCGCCGGCCCCUGCUACGGUCACCCACUAUGCGAUGCGUCCGUGGAUGCCAACGGAGUUGCGCAGGGAAACAAUGUGCAUAUUGCCAUUCAGACACCUGCGUACAUGUUGAUCGGAAUUUCAGAGAUUUUUGCAUCCGCCACUGGUUAUGAGUACGCAUACACGAAGGCGCCACCCCGGAUGAAGUCGUUCGUGCAAUCGCUGUUCUUGCUGACAAAUGCGGUUGGCUCUGCCCUUGGUGAAGCGUUCGUGCCGGCGGCAUUUGAUCCGGCGAUCUUGUGGAUGUAUGUUGGCUUGUGCAUUGGUACCUUCCUCGUGGGAAUCGCCAUUUGGGUUCUGUUCCACCAUUUGAACGACAAGGAAGAGGAGAUGAAUUACAUCGAAGGUGAUGUGGUGGUCGAUGGUGACGUGAUUGCGAAUGACCCUAAAAGAAGAGACUCGCAUAUCACUGCCUGA